AAUAAUAAAAAUGACGUUCCUUGGGUUAGUGGAAGCAAGUAGUUGUUGAAGAGGAGUUAUACCGUGUUGUUUUGUGCUUUUAAUUUUAAAUAAAUGGAAUAAUUUGUUUGUAGCCCCUUUUGCAUGAUUUUGUGAAUAGCGCCGUUCAUUUAGUACAUGCUUUUAAAAGUUAAAAGUUUUAAGUGUAUUAAAAUUUAUAAAUUCGCUGUUAAAGUCUUGGCGCUUUAACCGAAUGCAGUGCAAGUUAUGAGAAGUGCAUCUAUAUCUAAUUUUAAAACAUAAGAGUGUUAAAGUUAAUUCAUUAUUAACUUAAUAUUAUUCCCCUUUGUCCACUUUACUCCCUGUGACUAUGGCAACCGUAAACAGAGAGUAAACCAUUCGUUGCGGUUGUUUACAGUUCGCAAAUAUUGCAUCUCGGUGUCUAUAUUUUUUAUGCAUUCGAAGUGCCAGUGUUUUUCAGUGAAAAACUAUGAUGAACGUCUCAUUUAACGAUUUCAUAAGGGGUUUACUAAGAGGGAUGUAGAAAAUUUGGUUUUGGUUAAUCGAAAUGAAAGUGACCGUGUGUUUUGACUCGGUGCGCAUUGUUGUGCCCUGCGGUGCAGGUGAACUACUCGUCAGGGAUUUGAUCAGAGAGGCUAUAAGGCGGUAUAAAAAAGCAUCGGGAAAGUGUCCAGAUUCAUGGGUGGUUGUUCAUCAUCUGCAAAGCCAGUCUGGUAUCCUAGAUCCGGAUGAUCGCUUAGGAGAUGUCGCAGAUGACCGUGAACAAAUUUUAGCAAGUUAUGAGGAUGAUAGAGAUAGGCCCACGAUUGGCCAAGGAGAUGGAGCUAGUGGGGGCAGUUCUGUUGGGACUGGGAGCCCGGAUAUUUUUAGGGGAUCAAAUGGUAAAUACUCACCAACCCCCAUUGAAGUCACCGGCAGCCGGAACGAUCCUCCACCUGGUCUGCAAGUUCGAAGAGGUAGCGAACCUACACUCAUAGGACAAGGGACUGAAUCUAGAGCACCGCCUGCUUUAUCGAUUGAAAGACAGGACCCAACAAAGCGUUGGUCAGCCGCCCCUAUCUGCCGCGACGAUGAGGACUCUUCAGUAAUCAAUGGUCUUAAUGGUCCUAAUGUUAACACCAGCACGCCCCUCAGCAACGGCCAUGGAGGCUAUUCAGCCAUGCCAUGGCUGGCAGAGAAUAGCCCGGAGCAUGAAAUUAAUGUUGGGCAAUUCCAAAGAUCUGGACGAUUAUCCAUGCAGUUUUUAGGAGAUGGCAACGGUCAAAAAUGGGCUGAAGCAGCAGAAAGAGCAUCGGCAUACCAUGCACUUGCCGGUAGCAAAUCUCUUCCUAGAGAGGCUAGGAGGAAGGAACCUCUUGGACAAGCUAACACAAAUGGUCAUACUAAUGACGAUAAUCUACGUAUGGAUAACAAUGAUGACACAUAUGAAACUACAUUAAUUCUUGGCGAAGCGGGCGCUCCACUAGGUCUUCGAGCUGCUCCAGAGGGCGAUGGGCUAUUAGUACAUGCAGUGGAGCCUGGUGGCCGUGCAGCUAGAGGUCGUGUCCAGCCUGGUGAUUUAGUUCUAUCUAUUGACGGUACAGAUCUUCGGGAUUUACCUUUACGGGCAGUAGAAGAUGCUUUCCGCAACAGUAUCGAUGCACCAGAACUUAGGUUGAGGGUGCGACGGAAACGCAAUCCGGCCUGGUCCAAUCAAACUGGACAUAAUGGAUAUGCAGGAGAUAAAGUACUUAUUGAGGCUGAUGAGAAAACAGUGGGUACCAAAAUGGCUGCAGUGUCACCAAAUCGCAAAAUGCCUGGAAGGCCACCUUCAUUACUUGUUUCAAACACAAGAAAAUUGGGCAAAAGAUUGGAACUGUCGUUAAGGAAAGGACCGCAUGGUUUAGGUUUCAGUGUAACCACGAGGGAUAAUCCAGCUGGUGGACACUGCCCUGUUUACAUCAAGAACAUUCUACCGAGAGGCGCUGCUGUUGAAGAUGGUCGCUUGCAGCCUGGUGACAGGCUUCUGGAAGUCAACGGCGCAACCAUGACCGGACGAACUCAGGCUGAAGUGGUCGCUAUUCUUCGUGCUACACCUCCUGGUGCUACCGUUACCAUAGCUGUAUCAAGACAAGAGAAGGAAAAUGGCGUUAAUGCAACCAACGAACGAGAAAUUGGUUAUGAACCUUCAACACCUGAUGAGGACAGAAACAGAAUCGAAGAUAGGAACAAAGCUCAGGAAAAGAUCUUGAAUACAAGUUCCGAUGAAAAACUUGACCGAAAGUUAAGAGAAAGUCAACGCCAAAAAUCGUAUAGUGUUGCAUCCUUGCCUUGGAAACAUAGAGAAGUAAUGACCUUUGACAUUCCUGUAAAUGACACGGAGAAAGCAGGAUUAGGAGUAAGCGUGAAAGGAAAAACUGGGUCUCCUGGUAGUGCAUCAGCUGGUGGAGAUUUGGGUAUAUUUGUCAAAAGUGUUCUACAUGGCGGAGCGGCGUCAAGAGAUGGCCGAUUAAAAACUAAUGACCAACUUCUCAAUGUGAACGGUCUCUCACUACAAAAUCAAUCCAAUGCUGAAGCGAUGGAAACUUUACGCCGUGCAAUGUUACAUUCUGGUGGACGCAUCCCAGGAAGUAUUACUUUAACUGUUGCAAGAAAAAUAAGUCAUAAUCACAGCCAUAGUCACAAUCACAGUCAUGGACAUAACUCUAGUAUCAAUUCUAAUAAAUUGAAUUUAUCAAGUGCUGAGACGGUUAAACUUGGCGCAAAUUCAACUAUGGAUGAAACAGAAGACAUGUGCGAGCAAAGCUCUGAAAGAUUGGAUUCACAAGAAGCCAAUACUGUUAUUUAUGUCCCAAACAGGAAAUCAAUGGAACCUGUUGAUACAUGGAGCAACCCUGUUGUCGAACGACUGACGGGCAUUGGUAAUUCUAAUAAUUAUAACACAGGACUUCGUAAUGAAAGCUAUUAUAUGGCUACAAAUAAUACUUGGACCAGUGGUGGUGCUCAUUCAAGACAGGGAAGUCAAACUGUUACUAUGCCUAGUGGAGAAGCAGUGCUUAUAGAAGACGAUACAACAGAUACAAUAAAUAGACCAAUGUUGUCUAAGCAAUUAUAUGACGCGAGAGAUCUUAAUGGUUCUGGACAACAUCUGUCUCCCGAGUUAGCAAAUUCAAUGAACGAUACCUGUGAACCUCAAACGCCAUCAGAUGCCACUUAUGCUUCUCAAUUGUCUUUGAAUGGUGAAGAAGCUUUUAGCAGAGAUGCCAUAGGGCGCAGGAGUAUGUCAGAGAAACAUCACGCCGCGUUGGAUGCUAAAGGUACAGGAACUUAUCAAAGGAACAAAAAAUUACGUGAAGAACGGGAAAGGGAAAGGAUGUUGCAGGCUAAUGGUGGAGAAACAAGGAAAGCACCAGGAUCUAUUGAAUCUUUGGCUGGUAUUGCGAAAUUGGGCAAAGAAGAAUCCUCUGAAGAGAAUGAUAGGGUUUGUGACUUGGGACCAUCUUUAGGUUUAAAGAAAUCAUCCAGCUUAGAAUCGCUACAAACGAUGGUUCAAGAGUUACAGAUGGGAGAUAAUAGAAUUCAUCCUGGUCUUAGGCCGAUACGAGGUCGAGCUUGUGGGGACAGUCUGAGAGCAGUUGUGGAAGCGCCUUCCGAUUCUCAGCCGAGAAAACACUGGUUAACGGACGACACAUCGGAUCAAGCGUUUCCAACGCGUAACGAUCCACUGCUCUCAUCACUUAACGACGGGAAAAACAAAAAUAAUCGUAAAAAACAUCGGCCUGGUCUACUCAAGGGUAUUGGUCAUAUGUUCAGAUUCGGAAAACAUCGCAAAGACGGUGUUGCUGAUAUAACUUCUGAUGCAAAUCCGAAUCAGAGCCAAGGUGAUCGGCCGCCAAUGCCUCCACGGUAUCAAAAUCCGCCGCCGGUGGUCGGAGUAAAUGUUCCACAAGCAGAUGCAGGCAAUAUGGGCCGAUAUUCCCAUUAUGUGAAUUACGAAGAGAUUCAGAAUCAUUUGAGUUCGCGCUGCGAUCGGUUAUCAGAGAGUCAAAUUCAGCAAAUGCGCAGGCAAGUUCUGCACCAGAGAGGAAAGGUGGAGGAAGAAAGUCGACGACAGCAGUUGUAUCACUCGACCCGUUCGAAUCGAUCCGAACCGCACCAGAGACCCGUGUCAUCAUAUUACGAAUAUGAGAGCGUACAAUGGGCAAAGGGAAACAAGGCGAACCAUUAUCAAAAAUCGCCUUCAAGACAAAAUUCUGAUAUUUACCAAACAUCACCCAACGAGCAUUGCAAUGGUGCUAUUUAUUCGAAACAUGCGCCUCAACCGUACAAGAAACCGCAGCCGCCGCAGAGUUCGGGCCAAACUUCUCCCGUUUAUAAUUUGCCAGGCGCAGGUAAUAAACAAAAUGUUGGUUUGCCCAGAAGUCGAGGUCCUUACAUCACGCAAGUUAUGAUAAAAGAACAAACUGGUUCAAAAGUCUGACAGUAUUAAUGGUAAUUUACAUAGAUUCGUAUUUGUAAGAUUUUUCAGGUAGGGGAAGCAGAAUCAUAUACAUUUUAAAUACCA